AUGAGAGAAGAUCACUACAAAUGUGAUAUAUUUUCUUAUGGCUUGAUGGUGUGGGAGAUUGUGCAGGAUGGCAAAAGAUAUGUUGAUCGUCGACAUCGAGAAGAUCCUAUCACCUGGCUUAAUGGGUUGCCCAGAGAUGAUCUUCUGCGCCUUGCAUUGCUGGCUACACAAGAACUUUUACCAGCUGAUGCAGCCAAAAUUACACUGCUGCAAAAGGUGUUAGAGUCUACCUUGAGGGAUGAUGCAGCAGAUCGAGUAACCGUUGGGGAAGUUAUGAAGCUUUUCAACUUGGAGCGAGAAUUUGUAGCAAAGGUUUAA